CAUGUGUAUCUGUCUGUAUGAGGCAGUUGGAUCUUUGCUGCACAAUAAUUCAUAAAAACAAACAUCUAAUUAAAGCUUGCCUCCCUAUGACCACAUUUAAAUUGGGUCCACACCACACAAUCAUAUCAUAGAUAUCAGUCCCCUAAAUAUGUCAGAUUUACUUCAUUAAGAUCUAUGUAUUCCCUGGGAAAACAAUGCCCCAAAAUAUUGGUUGUGGCCCCCAAAGGCUAUUUUGUCCUCAGAUGACAGCAGAUAGGCUCCAAGAUUAGUUUUUGCAUAAUCCUGCUGACAAAAAACUAAAUAACAAACAGGGGUAAAUCAUAAUCUAAUUUGCUGAGGUAAUAAGAAAGCAAAUCAGAAAGAAUCCACAAAUACGUGCAAGGUCGGCUUCAUCAUUUAUCCACCAUGUGUGCACAUUAGAGGGCGCUACUUCAUAGCUGAGUGAGGAGCCUCUAAAUAAGCAGUUGUUCACGUCAUUUCAGCUAAAAGAAAAGAAACAACUCAUCUUUGUUUCUCCUAAUAAUUUUGUUGUCAAUUAAAUAUGAACUUUUUGGUCUCAAAGUAAAAAUAUAAAUUGGAUCAACAAAUCAAGCUCAUUUAUUAUUUCAACAAAAGUGACCAUUCGUCCUGAUGACUUGAAAUCUGUAGCUUGUUUUUUUUUUUUUUACAAAACAAGAAACUAACUUUCCAAAACUUGAAAUUAAAAGUUGGGCAAACUCACAAGUGAAAUAGCUCAAUAUUUUAUUGUGUAAGUUUGUUACACUGGCAUAAUGAAGAUUACAUGUAAAAUACAAGUAUAAAAUGAAGUUCUGCUGCACUAACAAGGAAUCAGACUUUACCUGAGGUCAGGCUCAGAUGUCCUUGAAGACUCGGGCCUCUGUUUUUGCGUUGGUCACAUGUUAACUCGCAGGACCAAAGGUCUUUUAUGAGUUAUCGCUGGAAUUUGCUCCUGCGCUCAGUCAGUCUGAGGCAGGCGGACCGUGUGCCACCACUGCAGCUCUGCUCCUCCACACUCAACCUCCGGUCUCUACAGAAAACAACAGUAAAACAAACCCAACCAUGGAGAACACAGUGGAUGGGGGACAUGUGCAUGAGGAGCGUCGGGAUGGAGCAGACAGUUCUGACUCAGAGACCAAGUCUGAGGGCUCAGGUGAGGCGAGGGCGCAGCUGCUCAGCGAGGUGCAGGUCCACGCCCCUGCGGAGGGAGAGAGCUGCUCCUCGGAAUACUUGGAGAUCAGGGACGGGGACAGACGCAGCAGCUCGUCCUCUUCAUCCAGCGACGACGAGGAUGAGGGGAAAGACGAAGGAGCUGCUGAGGCCAAGGUGGAGGAGGAGGAGGUGGUGGCGGUGGUGGAGCCGGAGGUGGCGGUGACGAUGGAGCCUGUGAUGGAGCAGGUGAACGGCGAGGCGCACGACUCAUCCAGGCGUUCAUCGUCCUCCUCCUCGGCCUCCUCCACCUCCCCCGGAGACCCGUGCGAAGACCCGCCGACCCAGCUGAAGACUGAGGAGAAGGAUACCGCUGAGGACGGGUUGGUGAUGGCCUACACCCUCCCCGACACUGACACCAAGCCGGAGGAGUCCGUCGACUACAGCCUGAAAACCCUGGAGAGCGUCAGUCUGGAUGAGAGCAGCGCUGCUCCGGCUGAGCCCAUAGUGCCUGACCCCAGCCAGCCCGACAUCUCUCUGUUCGUCAAGGCCGGUAGUGAUGGAGAGAGCAUCGGAAACUGUCCCUUCUCCCAGCGCCUCUUCAUGAUCCUCUGGCUCAAAGGAGUCGUGUUCAACGUCACUACCGUCGACCUCAAGAGGAAGCCGGCGGAUCUGCACAACCUGGCCCCGGGGACGCACCCUCCCUUCCUGACCUACAACGGAGAAGUCAAAACCGAUAUCAACAAGAUCGAGGAGUUUCUGGAGGAAAUGCUCAGUCCUCCAAAGUAUCCCAAACUGGCCGCCAAGCAGAGGGAGUCCAACACAGCUGGAAAUGACAUCUUCGCCAAGUUCUCAGCCUACAUCAAGAACACCAAACUGGAGGCCAAUGCUGUUCUAGAGAAGGGUUUGACCAGGGCCCUGAAGAAGCUGGACGACUACCUGAACAGCCCCCUGCCAGAUGAGAUCGAUGCAGACAGCAUGGAGGAGGAGAAGGGCUCCAGCCGAUGCUUCCUGGACGGGAACGAGCUCACCCUGGCAGACUGCAACCUGCUGCCUAAACUGCACAUAGUCAAGGUCGUCGCUAAGAAGUACCGCAACUACGACAUCCCCUCAGACCUGACGGGCGUGUGGCGGUAUCUGAAGAACGCCUACACGCACGACGAGUUCACCAACACCUGCGCUGCUGACGCUGAAAUCGAGACGGCCUACAAAGACGUGGCGAGGAGGCUGGCCAAGUAACUCGCCAAUCAAGCUCGAGUGAAACAAACAAGCACAACACAAAACAAUACUACUUUCAAAUACACGUGACUGUCCUUUACUUCAGCGACAUUUAUCUAAGAAGCUGUGAUUUCUGACUGUGAUGGUGAACAGAUGUUACAGAUGUCUUUUGCAGCUCCAGAUGUGAUGGAUGCAAAUGCAGAAACAGACGCUACAAAUCAGAAGUGGAGCAGAAUAUAAAUCGACGACCUCAAAUCACAAGCUUUCAAACCGGAUUGAGAUUUUGCUGCCGUGAAACUUCUGACAUAACGUGAUCAUGUCUGUCUGCGUUCAUUUCUCAUAACACAAGUCUCUCUUUCAUACGUACUCCACCACCGGUCCACACGGCCAAACGUUUUUCUAGCUGCUGAUGUCAGGGUCGCUAGCUUUAUUUAUUCCUAAGCCCACAGAAGACUAUUCAGUUUGCAUUGUCACGUUCUGCCUCCUGUGUACGCACCUUUCAAAUUAACGUUAUGAUUGAAGCCCUGACUGAUUAUGAUUAUGAUUCUCUCUGACCUUCACACAUCAGUGUGGGUGUGUAUGCAUUAUUCAUAAAUUCACUCUUGCUUCCAAGAGGAUGGUUUUUAAGAAGGAUUGAUUAUAGAAUUAAUUUGAGGAAAAACCCCCAAUCUGAUCUGUUUUUCUGAAUUAAGGAGAUCAUUUUCAUUUGUAAGAAGAAAAAAAUGGAGCCGCAUGAUUUCAAGUUCCAUAAGUUUUCUUGAACGCUGUCAUUCUUUUGAGGUAAUAUAUCUUGUUAAUCCAGAAAAACAGCAACAUUUUUAUUGAAAAUUUUCUUGCUAAAGAAAAAUGCUUGAUGCAAUCGAAGAAGAAUUAGCCGAUGAGAGCGUCUGUAACUAAAAACAAAGCUUGUUUCCGAAUUCCUUGCACAAAUCUGUUUGAUUAAAUUGUAAUAUUUUUAACCUGAUCUUCAUAAGAUAUGAAAAAUCGUCAACUAUGUGCCUUUAUUUGGAAGUAUCAAAAGUCCACGCCAACGUCACUGAUGGACUCAUUCUGAAAAAUAAAAACCUGUAUUGCAGCCGGA